GUAGCACCCACACCACUUCCACUAAAGAUCACCAUCACCAGAGCUCCAUUAGCUCCAGGCCAGGCCACCGAGAGAAAAUGGCCGCCGCCUCGCACACUCGCACGGGCCAUGGUGCACUAGCGCUGGUUUCGGUGCUGCUGCUGAGCCUCGCUCACGGCUCCCUGUCCCUGUCCCUGGGACUGGGGGUGGGGGGCAGGAGGCUCAUGGAGCUGUACAAGCCAGACCCCAGCGAGCUCCUCACGUACCACAACGGCGCCGUGCUGCACGGCGCCAUCCCGGUCUCCGUGCUCUGGUACGGCCGCUUCACGCCCGCGCAGAAGGCCGUCGUCUCCGACUUCCUCCUCUCGCUCACCGCCGCCUCCCCGGCGCCGACCCCGUCCGUCUCGCAGUGGUGGGGCACCAUCGCCCAGCUCUACCUCUCCAAGGCCAACGGCGGGGCCAACGCCAAGCGCGCCACGCAGGUGGCCCUCGCCGGGCAGGCCUCCGACGAGCGGUGCUCGCUCGGGAAGAGCCUCAAGCUGCCCCAGCUCGCCGCGCUGGCCGCCAGGGCCAAGCCCCGGAAGGGCGGGAUCGCGCUGGUGCUCACCGCGGAGGACGUGGCCGUGGAGGGCUUCUGCCGGAGCCGGUGCGGCAUGCACGGCUCCGACGCCAGGGCGCGCACCGCGUACGUCUGGGUCGGCAACUCCGCCUCGCAGUGCCCCGGGCAGUGCGCGUGGCCGUUCCACAAGCCGGUGUACGGGCCCCAGGCGCCGGCGCUGGUGCCGCCGAGCGGCGACGUCGGGAUGGACGGCAUGGUGAUGAACGUGGCCAGCAUGGUCGCCGGCGCGGUCACCAACCCCUUCGGCGACGGCUUCUACCAGGGCCCCAGGGAGGCGCCGCUGGAGGCCGCGACGGCGUGCCCGGGGGUCUACGGCAGCGGCGCCUACCCCGGCUACGCCGGGAACCUGGCGGUGGACGCCACCACCGGGGCGAGCUACAAUGCCAACGGGGCCAACGGGAGGAAGUACCUGCUUCCCGCGCUGUUCGACCCUGACACGUCAACCUGCUCGACCUUGGUGUGAUUUGCUACUAUGGUGCAGUUUGUAAGGAUGUGUAGUAGCAGUACUGUGUAUAAAGAUGACGAGGGAUGCUCUGCUUUGUUUCGAAA